AUGACAAAUCUCGCUGAGAAUGUCCCUCUUCCUGACUCAGUAGAGCGUCUCUUGGAAAGUAUCUGCAAAGAUCAGAAUCAGCCCCUUCCUGACUCCCAUGUAAGGCGCCAGCUCGCGAACAUCGGAGAAGAAUCGGCUCUUGAUAUUUUGACACUAAUCUCACACUCCAGAGUUCGGAAAAGUCUCUCUGGGUUCAUUGUGCACAUGAUUAAUUCUCCGAAGAAAGCCCCUAGGCGCUCACCGAACGCAACCAGAGGCUCUGCUACGCGAAUCAUGGACACCCAAGUUACAGUUAGCGGAGCUGCAACUCCCUCUCCCAUGGAAGAGGAUCCCGGAACUGCCUCGCCUUCAAGAGCACAGGGAGAAGCAGAAUUACCAACGAGUCCAGAAUUAGUGGCCCUGGGAGAAUUGGAAUUCAGAAAGGCAUUUCUACUUUUGAGCUACAUUGGAGGAGAGAGUCUUGAACGGGCUAUAACGGCGGACAAGAUUAGGAGUCUUAAACCGUUGCCGAUGGGGAAGUUUGAGGAAGAAAUAUGGGAAGCCGUGGGAAAAAAAUUUGUCUCCGAUCACCACGAUCGACGACUGUAUCAUGAUUGGGAUUCAGGGAAGCCUUUUGUCUAUGAGUGUCAUAUUUCUCCAGAUGGGAGUUUAAGGUUCAAGGGCCCCUUCUUCCAAGAAGUACGAACACACUUACAAAAAUCACUAGGUGAUGACAAUGUUCUACUUGUAAAAUUUGCUGAGGAAAGGCAUGGAUACAAGCCGAAUCGGACUAGUUUUGAGGAAGCAUAUGCUCUAUACAGUAAAUUUGGAAGAGAGGGAAUCCAUGUUGGUCUUCGCCUUUACCACUUUUUUGUUUUCAAAGAUGGAAGAAAGGAAGAGAAAAAGAAGGACCAAACGUCUUCAGGUGUGAGAUGUUAUUUUGUUAGGACAAAAUCUUGUGCAUCAGUUGAUGAGAGGGAAUCAUACAUAUUACGGGGGAAGUCAAUAUUUGAAGCUCGAUCUUUAUUUAUGCAUGCUCAUACAUUGCCUACGUUGGACAAGUUUAUGGCCAGGUUUUCUCUAAUCUUGUCCAAAACCUUGACACUUGAUAUUGACAUGGGAUCUGUUGAUGUUCAAGAAAUUGGAGAUGUAUGUUGUCAGGAUGAAAAUGGUGAAGUUUCUCACAAUGGGAAAGCACAGAUACAUACUGAUGGAACCGGGUUUAUUUCUGAGGAUUUAGCUAUGCUUUGCCCUAGACACGUGUUUAAUACGAAGGCUAAAAAUUUCAUGGGUAAGACAACUAUGGCUUCUACAAAGAUGGAGUCCAGCACAUGUGAGCCACCUUUGCUGAUCCAAUGCCGUCUCUUUCACAUGGGAUGUGCCAUGAAGGGAACGCUUUUAAUCAACAAAAAGCUUCCUCCUCGGACGAUACAAGUUCGACAAUCAAUGAUUAAGGCGCAUACAGAUCCAAAUCUUUCGAUUCAAAGCGUUAAUUCAAUGGAGGUGGUAGCUACAAGCAACAAACCACAGAGGUGUUAUUUAUCCCGAACCCUGAUUGCUCUUCUAAGCUAUGGAGGAGUGCCAAAUGAGUUUUUUCUGGAUUUACUUAAGAGUGCUAUGGAAAAUGCAUAUUGUGUCUUCACUGACAAGCGUGCUGCAUUCAGAGUAUCUUUAAACCAUGGUGAGAUAGAUGAUGAGUUCAAUUCAGCAAAAAUGAUUCAACAUGGUAUCCCUCUUGAUGAGCCAUAUUUGCAAUAUCGUCUAUCUGUACUUGCAAAGGAGGAAAUGAAUAGUCUUAGGAGGGGGAAACUUUAUAUACCCAAUUGUUACUACUUAAUGGGGACUGCUGAUCCCACUGGACGCCUUAAGAAGAAUCAAGUUUGUAUUAUUCUUGAAAAUGGUCAAAUUUCUGGAGAUGUAUUGGUAUAUCGGAAUCCAGGAUUACAUUUUGGAGAUAUUCACAUACUCCAAGCAACAUAUGUGAAGGAGCUAGAAUCUUUUGUUGGCCAUAGCAAAUAUGCAAUAUUCUUUCCUUGUGUUGGUCCUCGCUCUUUGGCAGAUGAGAUAGGUGGAGGUGAUUUUGAUGGUGACAUGUACUGGGUAUCAAAAAAUCCUCAGUUGUUGGAGUAUUUCAAAAAGAGUGACCCAUGGAUUGAAAAUCCUCCUUGCAAUGAUGUCGUUGAUUCUAAAAGGCCAAGUGCACUUUCAGAUGAUGAACUGCAGCAUGAACUUUUCAAAUUGUUCUUGGGAUGUCGGUUUCAACCCAGUUAUGCUGUGGGUAUUGCAGCUGAGAGUUGGACUGCCCUUAUGGAUCGGCUGCUGACAUUGAGGGUGAGGGAUGACUGCCCAAAAGAGAAGCAGGAGAAAGAAUGUGUGAAGGAAAAGAUGAUUAAAUUGAUUGAUCUUUAUUACUAUGCUUUGGACGCACCAAAGAAAGGAGGAAAGAAGGUUGAAGUUCCGAAGUAUUUGAAGCCGGAAAUGUACCCACAUUACAUGGAAAAGGACAAUUCAUACACCUCUACUUCUAUCUUAGGUUUAAUAUACGAUGAGGUGGACAGAUAUCAAUAUGAAGACAUAUCUAAGAAGGAUAUUGUUACAAAGCUCCCCUGUUUUGAUGUCGAAGUACCUGAGAACUACCUGAAUAUGUGGAGAUCAUACUAUGACCAGUAUAGGAGCGAAAUGGCUGCUGCGCUAAAAUGUUCUGACCCGACAGCCAAACACAUGGCUGCUGAUGACAUCUACAGGAAAUAUAAAGAGAUACUAUAUGGUGCUUCUGAGCUGGAUGAUAGUCCAAAGAGUAGGAAGCUACUUAAAAAUGAGGCUUUGGCGGUGUAUCACGUUACUUAUGACUAUGCCAAGAGUGAAAAUUCAGUAAAUAAGUGUUGCUUUGCAUGGAAGGUUGCGGGUUCGAUUCUCCUAGACUUUUAUGCCUCUAAACAAGAUCUCCCAACUGUGUGGCGAGAGAUCUGUGGGUAGCAAAGGACUCCUCGCAUUCAUAUCUGAAUUAACAUUUUGUAUCCUAGCUCACUUCCACCCUAUCUUUUUUGUGGGACCUUGUCGAGUUAACGACUUGUUACUAUAAUGUAUAUAAACUUGUUAUGUCCUCCCUCUUUCUGAAGAACCUUUUGUUUUAGCAUUAACUAAAGUAUGAUCUAGACUAAAUAACCAGAAACCAGCUGUUUAAUCAUAAAAGUUAUUACUGACAACUUAUUUUUCAUUAGAAGGCGAACAGGGCAAAUGUUCUCAAGGGCAACCAAGGUAAUUUCAAAUCUAUCGAGGUAGACAUUUGGCAGCUGUCUGUUUAUGUGGACAUUAUGUGUAACUAUGCUCCAUUGAAAGAGUAAAAUACACGAUACAAUUGGGAGAUCGAGAAGUGGGGAGUAAGUAGUAACACGAUAUGGUAUCUGAAAAAUAAUUGACUACAGCGUGAAAUUUUAUGCUAAAUGCAGAGUGAAAAUUCAUAUCGUAUAAUGAAUGAUAAUAUCAAAGAUGAUCAGAUUAUUUUUCUUUUAUCUAGGUACAGAUCAUGGAUUUUACUAUCCGAUCCCUAAGCAUUUCGCACCA